GAGAAAAGCACUACGUUUGUCUUAUGACGACAGCAAAGAGUAACGUAACUUUUGAGUCGACUGACCACUGACGUUGUAUUCAUUAUUCGAUUUCGAUUCGACGUUACAAAAAUAAUUAUUUAAAAAAUUAUUGUUAUAUACUUGAGCAACAGGUACACAAUCAUUAAAAAUAUAUAAUCAAAUAAAUAUAACUUAAGACAUGCAAGAUGUCAGAAAAAGAGCCAAAAGCAAUGAUAAAAAUGUGUCUGAAAGAAACAUUCCAAAAAAUAAUGAAAGUAAUGUAAAUAACAACAAAAUACCGACUACACAGAGAAAUAUUUCGUUAAGAAUAAUUUCUCGUGUGGUAGUUAUAUUUUCCCUUCUUAUAGUUGUUUACUUUUCGUCAAAAAAUGACAAAGUGAAGACUUUUGCUAAACAAUCAGAAUUACUACCAGGCAAGGGCUUGGUUGUUGACUGUUCUCCAUCAUACAAAGAGGAAGUAGAGAAAUAUGAGGGUUGUGUUCCCAAGGAAUGCAAAAGAUUCAUUACGGAUAAAGUGAUAUCUGUGAGAGAAGCUGAAGAACUGCUGGCUAUAGCAAAGAAAGGGCUUAAGCUAGGGGGCUCAUCUGGUGGAGCCUCAAUUCUAGAUCUACACAGUGGCGCUCUUUCUAUGGGACAGCACUUUGUCAACAUUUACAAACGUGAGGAUGCUAAACACAUAUUCAGUGAGACUGACUUCAAUAUUUAUAGAGUAGUCAAAGAGAAAAUUAAAUAUGCUGUGGCUCAUCAUUUUGGAGUAAAACCUAACAAAAUAUACUUGACACAUCCAACAUUUUUCUCUGAAAUCACAUCUAAGAAAGCAGUAACUAUGCAUGAUGAAUAUUGGCAUCCUCAUGUUGACAAAGAGACAUACAAAUCAUUCCAUUACACAACUCUUUUGUAUCUUGGUGAUUACAACAUAGACUUCAAAGGUGGAAGAUUUGUAUUUGUUGAUGAGAAAUUCAACAGAACAGUAGAACCAAGAAAAGCCCGUCUCAGUAUGUUCACAAGCGGCCGAGAGAAUUUACAUUAUGUUGAAAAGGUGACAUCUGGCAACAGAUAUGCAAUGACCAUAUCAUUCACUUGUGAUCAGCAAUAUGCUAUACAAGACCCAAGUAUAAAUAACAUAUAAAAUCUGACAUUCCAAUUGAA